AUGCGACUGCCGCUGGUCGCCGACUACGACGAGUUCGUCAUUGAGAGUUGCAGCUCGACCUUGUCCCAAGCGUCGACGACCAAGCGGCCCAAGCGCGUCUCGUUCACUGCCAUGGCCGCCGCGGCCCAAACACGGUCCGCCUCGCCGCAAAGCCCGAGCAAGCACAUUACGGUUGGUUUUUUUUUUCAUUCUCUUUUUGUCUAGCCUGUCUGGGCUCUCUUGCUCUCUGAAAACAGAAGCUAUUUUGCCGUAUGAUUUGAAUUUUGGGUAUUUUAAUCCAAUAACUUCAUUCUCUUAUUGUCUAGCCUGUCUGGGCUCUCUAGUUCUCUAAAAAGAAAGAUUAUUUCGGCCUAGGUUCUUGAAAUUUUUAAAGAUACUUUCUGAAUUAAAAUUUUUUUGCUUCUUUUUGUUUUCGAGUCCGAUAACUUUAUUCAUUUUUGUCUGACCUGUCUAUUCCCUCUUCCUCUCUAACAAGGCGUUUUUUUUGGCUUGGUCAUUUCCAAAAAAAAAUUUUUAAUCAUCAUUUUGGUCCCUUGAUGGCCUGCAAUGUUCCAAAAAACACGCGGCCAGUUUUUUCCGUUUUUCAGUCCAAUUACUUCAUUUUCUCUGUCUGACUUGUCUGGGCUCUUUUGCUCUCUGAAAAGUAAUUUUUGUCGUAGAUAUUAAAAAUGUUCAAAGACUAACCUCAUAUUUGUUUCUUUUUUUAUACCUUUCUAGAUUUUUUUAGUUUUUUUAUGGAAAAGCUGAGUUUCUAUAAAAAAAGAUGUCAAAUUUUUUUCAUUUUCGUGUGAAAUCGCAAUUAAUCGGGAUGUGUAAAAAAAUCUAAUUAAUUUGUUUGGCGAUACUCUUGAAUUUUAUAUCUUUAAUGAUCAAAAAAAUCUUUUUUUAUUAGCAUUUUUGUUAAAAUUCAAUUUUUGUAAUAAAUCGUUUUUCUUUUACAGCCUUAAAAAGAAACCCAAAACCAUUAAUUUUCUUCAAUUUACUCUUUCCCAUCAUUUAUCAAGAUGCUUUGAUUGAUAAAAUUCAAAAGAGCGCGGUGACCUCUUUCAUGGACAAUAAAAUGGAUUUUUAGGCGUCCGAGAAAAGAUUUUGGUUGCUUUAUAGAUUUUGAAGGUUCUAGAAGCGUUUCAGAACUUUUAAGACUUUUUAAAAUAUAUGAAAAAGGCUUGAGAAAUGCUACAAAUCGUAGGAAACUUUCAAAAAAAUGUUAGGAAAAUAUCAUACUUUGAACGUAGUCCAUGUCUUUUCUUGUCAUAUUUUUUUGAAAAAAAUUCAUUUUUUUGAAGAAAAAUUAGUUGACUCUGGAGGUCAUAAACUACUUGAAAACUCUUAAAAAAUACUGCGAUGUUUAAAAUUCCCUAAUCUUUCUGAAAGUCGGUAGAUUUUUUUCUUAUUUAAACGUCUUCCAUGUCUUUUUUUAUCGUUUUUUUCAUUGUUAUUUUUUUACGGCAUUUAAUUGAUUAUUGAGAUCAAAAUUUACUGCAGAAACGCUUCAAAGUUUAAAAAAAUUCACAAAUACUUGUGAAAAAUCAGCAAAUUUCCCAUUUUUUUGAAUGUAUUUCCAUGUCGUUUUUUUAUCGUAAUUUUUUUAUAAAUUAGAUUUUUCAGACGCUAUUUAUUGAUUAUUGACGCCAUGAACUAUGCUAAAUCUUUGCGGAAUGUCUGAAAAAGUUUUUUAAAAACUAAAAAAUUUGAGAAAAUCGCCUGAUUUUCAGUUUCGAAAAUUUUAUUAGUGUUUUUUCCAGUAUCUCGUUAUUUUUUUCCACUCAAAAAAACAUCACAUGAUCCAUUUUUUUCCUGUACUUAUAUCGAUCGAUGACAAAACAAACUGGCUUCUCUGUUUAUUCUCCUACUUUCCUACAAGUGGAACAUCUCGAAAAUGGAACAGGUUAUCGAUUUUUCCUCCUAUUCAUAAUUAUGUUCUGGGAAAAUUCGAUUAGCUCCAGUUUAUUAGAUUUCUGAGAACAUCUGGGUGCCUUUUGUUUAUAAUUUGGACAAAAAAGAGCUUGAAAUAGAAUGUUCUUGAAAAUAUCGAGUUUGCGACGAUUGUUAUGGAGAAAAAGGGCAGUUCUAAUUAGUUUCUCGCUAUUUCGAAAUUCAGAAUCGUUAAAAAUAGAAUCUGAAGAUAUAUAUGGUUAUAAUGAAAAUUAAAAUUAUUAUAAAGCAAUAAAAAAAGGUUGGAAAAAUAAAAGGCCUGUACUAUAAUUUCUUAAAGAAUUUAAUCAAAAUCGAUUUUUAAAGGGAAAAUAUGAAAUUUUUAUAGUUCGAACAGUAAACAAAAAAAUUGAAAAGUGAAGGUUUGAAAUAUUAUUUUUUUCUUAAAAUUCAUUAAAAAAACUGAAAAAUUGAAAUAUUUUUCUUUUUUUCAAAAUCUUAACAGUUAAAUUCCGAACUUCUUCUUUAAUUAUAAGCUUAAUUUUUUUGAUUUUUCAUCGGUAUUUUUUUGAAGAUGGACUCUUUUUAAAGUACUUCUCAACGCAAAACUUUACUUUCUCUUCCACUAAAAAAAUCUCAAAAAUUUAAUUUUUUUCUCAAUUAAUCAACUUUUUCAAACACCUUUUGUCUUAUAAAAAGGUGAGAAAAAGCUCAAAAAUUAGAUCAUUUUUUUCAUUUUUUUCAAAAAAAUUCUUGCCUUACUUAGGCCCUAUAGACUUUAAAAAAAAUUAAAGAAAAGCUCAAAAUUUGGUUAUUUUACAACUUUUCGGGCACCUUAUAUAGACCCUGUUGACUCUGAAAAAUUAGUGAAAAGCUCAAAAGUUGAUAAUUUUUCUCUGAAUCCACUUUUCGAGCACCUUUGUCUUAUCUAGACCCCAUUGACUUUAGAGAAAAAGGUAGGGAAAAAGCUCAAAUUCGCUUAUUUUUAUUUCUCAAGCCCUUUUGCCUUACUUAGGCUCUAUGGACUCUAAAGAAAAAGUAAAUAAAAGCUCAAAAUUAGAUCAUUUUUCAUUUUUCAAGAAUUCUUGCCUUACUCAGGCCCUAUAGACUCUUAAAAAAAACCGAAAAAAAGCUUAAACUUUGGUUAUUUUACAACUUUUCGAGCACCCUUGCCUUACUUAGACCAUAUUGACUUUGAACAAAAAGGUAGGGAAAAGCUCAAAAUUUGGUUAUUUUACAACUUUUCGAGUACCUUUUCUAUACUUAGGCCUUCAGGACUUUCAAGAAAAAUAUAUGAAAAGUUCAAAUUUUAGUUAUUUUUCAACUUUUCGAGCACCUUUUUCUCAUUGAUUUUCAUUUUAAAAAAAGGUAAGGAAAAGCUCAAAAGUUUAUUAUUUUUAACUUUUCAAGCUCCUUUGCCUUCCUUAGGCCCUAUGGACUAUAUAGAAAAAUGAGAAAAAGCUCAAAAUUUGGUUAUUUUACACCUUUCCGAGCACCUUAUAUAGACCCUAUUGACUAAAAUAUUAGUGAAAAGCUCAAAACUUGAUAAAUUUUUACUCAAUCCACUUUUCAAGCACCCUUGCUUUACUUAGACCCUACUGACUUCAAAAAAAAAAUAAGGAAAAGCUCAAUUUCCUUGUUGCAUUUUUUGUUUUUGUGCUAGCCUUUUCGAGCCAGCUUUUGGAGAGACAAAUGAGCCCUGCAAAAGCGGCUCUCCUUCCUCCCGCUUUCUUUUUAUCCAUUUUCGGCCCUAUUUUUCGUGUUUUUGCUGGGAUAUGUUUGUCGUUGGAGGAGCUUUUUGGGAAGUGGGUUUGAAAAAUUGGGCGAAAUUGAGUGAUUUUCGGCGAAAAUUCAAAAUUUCGUGGGUAAAAAGAGGUCAUUUUUCUAAAAAUGUCCUUGAAAUUCGAUAAAAAAUGUGGAAAACUUAGCAUUUUUCGAUUUUUGUCAAAAUUUGAACGUCAUGGUCGCACGUGGAAUGGCUCGGCGCGAAAUUCUUAUUUUCUCCUAAGCGCCCGACCCAAAACGACUUGCGCCUGAGAGCAUGAGACGGCGUUGUAGGACGGAAUCAAACCGCUACCGUAGAGCCAAUCCAAAUGCGACCUUUUUUUCUAAAGUUAGUUGGAGUAUUUUCGGAAAAUCAUCAAAUUUGAAUAGCUUCAAAAAAAAAGUGGAAAUGAACUCUCGAGGGCACGAAUUAGGACCGGGAAAAUUUCAAAAAUCUCAAAUUUUAGCUGAAAAUUAUACAAAUUUCCACAAUUUUCGAGCUUUUUUUGAUUUUUUUUUUCUGAAAGUUCAUCCAUAUGCUACCAUAUCAUUCCCAAAUCUCAUAUUUGGAAAAAAUUUUAGUGGCCACUAUAGAGGCUUGCCAAGGACUACUUGGAAAGGACACUUAAGUGGCCACUAAACCCACCUCUAUAGUGGCCGCUAUUUUCAGUUUUAGUGGCCACUUCAGUAAUUUUUCUUCCAGUAUUCCUUUCACUAACUCUGAUAAUUUUAAAACAAACAGAUUGGACCAGCUAUGUUGAUCCAUUGACCCCUAAAGUGGCCACUAAAAUUUUUUGUGGUCUAGUAGUAGCACUUAGACCUCUAUAGUGGCCACUAAUUCUUAACCCCUCAAGAACCACCAAUUUGACUACUAUAGUGGCCACUAAAACGUCAAAACCUUACAGUGGCCACUAAAAAGUUUCCCAGCAAAUCAAAAAAAAAGGCAAAAUUUAUUUGGCGGAAUGCCCAAAGAGCUAGUUGGUCCACUUCCGACAUUUCUGUCAUUCUCUGAGUGUGGCCGAUAAGCCUCAAGAUCCGUUCUUUUUUUCUCGGUCAUUCGACGGCUUUCUUGAAAAAAAAAACGCGAUUUUCUGGUCUCUCUCUCAAUGGAGAAACGACGAUUUGUCAAGGUUUGCCUACGUUUCUGGAAGUUUCCUUAAAGUUUACUUUUUUAAAGGAAUUUUAAUUGCUCUCUGCGGUAGCCUAACGGAUUAUUAUGUAAUUGGGAUUUCAUUAACGAUUUUGAAAAUUUCGCUUUUCGCAAGGAAAAAAAAAUCGCCUCUGUGAGCAAAAAACCUCGAAUCAUUAAAAUUCGAACUUUUUAGAUCCAUAAUUCUCACUUCAAUCUAUCAAUUUUUUAAGAUCUAAAUUUAAAGGCGCAGGACACGGCUUCAAAAAAUAUUUCUGAACUGACUCUUCAGAAUCUUUUCUUCUCAGAAUCACUAAAUGUGAUUUCUUAACAUUCUGGGGAAAUUUUUAGUGGUCACUAUAGGGUUUUGAGGUUUUGGUGGCCACUAUAGAGAUCUAAGUGCUACUAUUAGACCACUAAAAAUUUUAGUGGCCACUUUAGGGGUCAAUGGAUCAACAUAACUGGCCCAAUCCGUUUGUUUUAAAAUUAUCAGAGUUACUGGAGGGAAUACUGAAUGAAAAACUACUGAAGUCGCCACUAAAACGGAAAAUAGGGGCCACUAUAGAGGUGGGUUUAGUGGCCACUUUGGUGUCCUCUCCAAAUAGUCCGUGGCGAGCCUCUAUAGUGGCCACUAAAAAUUUUCCCACUUUUUUAAUAAAGCCUUUGCUGGUAUUUUUAAAGGAGCGUAGACCAAUUUUAAGAGUUUUAUCGGAACGAUUAGUUUCUUGAGCCUGUAACCGCCUCAUUAAAUUGGAUAAGCUAUGAAAAUCACCCAUAUUUUUGAGAAAUUUUCAACUUCUUAAUCCAUUUUUCUCAAUUCUUCCCUCAAAAUCCCGUUCUCAUAACAUUCAAGAAGCCAUUCCCCGUCUUCCAGGCAAAAAAAUGACCGCGGCUUGAGAAAAAGAAAAGAAAGAUAUCGGUUGGAAACCUCGCAACGAUGUCGCUUCAGGUGGUCGACGUCUACGACUUGGCCGCUUCGAUCGGAAAAGACUUCGAGAGACUCAUCGAACUCUACGGCAAUGACUGCGUCCGUGGCAUCAUGCCCAAGGUUGGUUUUUGGGAAAAAUUGGAGUUUUGAAACUUUUUGAAAAGAAGAAAUUCAAUCAUUUGGUUAAAAUUUGAAGUCGCUUGUCACAAAAACUCAGUAAAAAUAAAAAAUUGAGGAAAAUUGAACUUUUGAAGCUUUUUUAAUGGAGAUUAUGUAAAGAAAUUCACUUUUUAGUUCAAAUUUUGUGGUAGCUUGUAACAAGAAUUCAGUAAAAAUGAAAAAAAUUUAGAAAAAAAUAGAACUUUUGAAGCUUUUUUUCAAUGAAAAAGAUGCUGGGAAGUUCAAUUUAUAGGUUAAAAUUUGAGUUAGCUAGUGGUAGAAAUUUGAAAAAAAUUGAGGGGAAUAGAGGGAAAUUGAAAUUUCAAAGCUUCAAUGAAAAAAAUAUGUUAAGAAAUUUACUUAUUAGCUUGAAUUUUGAGGUAGCUUGAGACAGAAAAAAACAGGAAAUUCGAAAAGUGUAGUAAAAUUCAAGUUCUGAAGAUUCUUUUUGAUAGAAAAGUGUCACGAAAUUAACUUAUUAUGUUUAAUUUCGAGGUAACUUUUCACAAAAACGCGGGAAAUUUGAAAAAGCUCAGGUACAUUAAAGUUUUUGAGCCUUUUUUUAUCAUUAUAAAAGCUGCCGAUAGUUGAUUUUUAGAAAAAUAAAAGUCUUGAAGCUCUUUCAAUGGAAAACACGUUAAGAAAUCCACUUAUUGAAUCGAAUUUUGAGAUCAAAUAUCACGGAAAAAGGUGCAGUACACUUCAAUUUUUUUCUCGAUAUUCACCGUUUUUCUGUUGUUUUUUUUUUCAAAAUAUUUCAAUUUUUGGUCUAGUUUUAAUGGAAAAAUUUUGAAAAAUGCGAAUCAAGUUAGUUUUUUCAUUCUUUUUUUUUUUAUUUUCUCGGAUUUGUCAAAAUUCAUGUUCAAUUUUGAAGAUUUUUAACCGAUAUACGGGCUUCUUUUUGAAAGUGACGUUAAGCUGGUCAUAAGGGAUUAAAAUUUAUCAAACUUAAAAAAAAACAGACAAUCAAGAAACAUAGAAAAAAAAACCUUCAAAUCAGAAAAAACCCCUUUUUUCGAUUUUUCUGGCAUGGAAAAAAUGUCCCAGAAGUACAUAUUAGCUAUUGAUUUUUCGAAGGUGAAGUUAUAUUUUGCUGAAAAAGCCUAUAAAGUCUUCGAAAAUACUCUUAAACUAAAUUUCUAUUGAAUAAGGUAGAAAUUUGGAUCGAAUUUGCAGGUCAUAUCAGCCCUGGAAACGUUGGAAUCGCUGGCCUCGAGUAACGACAAGGAAAAUGAAGAAAUCAGCGAAUUGAGAAGGACCGUCGAGAAGCUCGACAAUGAGAAGCAACUGCGGCUCAAACAGCACCUCAAGUUCGAGGAGGUCACUUUGAACUUUAUCAGGAACACCUUAUCGAUUAGAAAGCUCCUUUCCCUGUUUAUUCAGUGGUUUGUUAUCACGAAAAAGUUCGCCUUUUCAUUUCUAGCCAAAAUUAUCGAUUUUUAUGGGCUUUAAGAGUUGAAAUUCGAAGUUACUUAACCUCAGUUAAAGCGAUUUUUGAGUUUUGAGGUUUUUAGAAUUUUUUUUUUCGACUUUUAGGCGUCUUUUCCCGAAAAAUUCGCUUUCGCAUGCUUUUUUCUAAUGAAAGUUAUCGAUUUUGACGCCUUUAAGAGUACAAUUUUAAAGAUAUUUGACCUCAAUUAUGGCGAUUUUUCGAGUUUUUGAAACACUUCCUAGAACAAAUUUUCGAUUCUUUCUGAAAAAAAAUGACAAAAAUAAUCCAAAAAUUUUUUUUUUCACCUGAAAUUCAUUCUUUUUUUGGUCGCAUUUGGAAUGGCUCAAAGCGUCGCGGUUCCAGCCAAAUUUACAGAAAUGAAAAAAAAAGUACUAGAUAAGGCUGAAUUUUUCCUUUUUUCCACACUUGUUCGCUCCUCUUUUUUCAAGUCAGCAACAAAUACACUAUAUACUAUAUAACGGACUUGAAUGCCUUUUUGCGCAAGCCGUUUUGGGUCGGGUGCACUUUGAAAAAAAAGCCGUUAUGCGCGUUAAGCCAUUCCAAAUGCGUCCAACAGCCCAAAAUUUGGAAAGUAGUCAAAAAAGUAGCGCAAAGUUUUUCAAGCUUAGAAGUUCAAGCAUUUAUUGAUAGAAAUGCACUUUUUCCUACUUUUGAAAAAUUUAUAUCGCGCAAGCCGUUUUGGGUCGGGUGCACUUAAAAAAGAAAUCGUUAUGCGUCGAACCAUUCCGAAUGCGACCAUCAGAUCAAAAUUUGAACCCAAUCAAAAAAAUAUCAGAAAAUGCUCUCUUCAAGCUUUUCUAUCGAUAAAAUUCAGAGCACUUUUUUAUAACUAUAUGAUUUUUAGGAGCUGGAGCAGGUCGAAAAGGCUUACCGUAAGGAUAUCGAUGAGCUCCAAUCGAUGGUCAAAAAUCUGAUUAGUGAGAAUAAAUCGCUCUCGUCAACUGUGUCUUCACUACCCACCACGGACAGCCCUACUAUACAAAGUUGGCUUUUUUGAAUAUUUUUGUUGGGAGUUAUAGAAUUCUUGUUCAUUUUUCGACAGAAAAACGGGAUGGAAAACUCGAAAAUUAUUUUUUUUUUUUGAGUCCAGGUUCUCUUUUUCACAAAGUUAAGGCUUGAAGUGCUAUUCUUUUGUUUCCUUUUUUAAAAAUAAAGUUUCGAAAUGCAGUUUCAUCGUCUUUAUGACAAAUUGAGUCUAAAAAUCCUUUUUUAUUAACUUUUUUUUUUCAAAAAUCAAGUCUUAAAGUCCUUUUUUUUGCCCCUUGUCCUUCAAGUCCUCUAUUCCAGUAUUGUCUUAUUUUUUUAUAGAAUCGAGUCUCAAAGUCCUUUUUUUAUCUUUUUUUCUAAAAAAAUCCAAGCCUUAAAGUCGUGUCUCUACUUUUUCAAAAAGACAAGUCCCCAAGACCAAUUUUUUUCUGAUCCUACAAGUAAAUUAUCAAAUUCCAGUUGAUUUUUCUCCUUUUUUUAGUUAUUUUUUUCUGUACUUAAGUGAGAGAAGAAGACGUCCGGAUGAUGCUCGAAUUGAAAAAUAUGUCUCAUCAACAGAAGGAAGAAAUCAAAGCGUUACAGAGGGACGUCGACAAUUACGCCUGCCAGAUGGAUAAUGUGAGUUUCAAGUCAAUAAAAGUUUUCUUACAGAAAAAAAGCUUGAUCCAUGGAAAAACUAUAAAAGGAAUGUGAACUUCGAAAUCAAGUUUAGAAAACGUGAGAUUCAUUGAUAUCAAGUUCUAGCUUUUGAAAUGCGUUUUCCGCUUUAUAAGUUCUUGAAAAUAAAGGAAGCUUAGCCAAUGAGACUUUUUCAAAAGUUCGAAAGUCUGGUCUUGCUGAAAUUUUUGUAUCAACUUCAUUUGUACCUAAACAUUUAAAAAAAACCAGAAAAUGGCGAUUCGUUUUAUCCAUAGAGCAACUUUGCCGCAAGACGCGAGUUUUGGCGGAAGUUCAAACUUUUUUCCUCCAUAAAUUGAUUUCUCUUCAAACGUAGGAAGGAAGAAAUUGAACUUUUCCACACGUAACCAACAGCUCAAGAACGGGCACAUUCAUCUGAAACCCCAUUUUUUAAGGUCCUAUUCUAAAAACGAUCAAACCAUUUUAAUCAUGUUGAAGCGAAUUUUCGCUUUUUUGAACGCCAAGUUCUUACUGCUUAUCAAAGUAUUUAAAAUCGAACUGAGAAAAGUCUGUUAGGGCAAAGAUCCAAGGAUUAUCGCCACUGUAUAACUUUUCAGUUACAACAAGCGAUCCAGACUAAUUUCAGAGUUGACUUAAGAGUUUCAGAUGCAAAACUCGAUCGAGAAGCUGAUACGACAGAACGAGGAACUCUUGCGCAAGAAUAAAUCAUUGCAAAAGCAAGGACGGAUGAUCGUCGAGGAGAAGAUGGAAAUAGUGCGGAGGUUGACGAAAAACCCGUGAAAUAUUCAUCAGUCCUUGAGAAUUUCAGGUUGGAAAAGACGGAAGAAACGAACAUCGAACUCCAGAAAAUGCUCUGCGAAACGGACCGCGCCUGUCGGGACCUCCAACAGGCCAGCGUGGUAGGGAAAAAUCCUUUUUGUCCUUCUCUGUACUUCUUAAGCGGCCUCAUGUAGAUGAUACAAGGUCCAGUCCUGAUAUCAAAGAUAAUCAGUGGACUGCCUUGGUUAGGUAGCGGCUGGGAUCGAACCCGGAAUAGACAGGCACUGAACCUGUUGCGCUACGGAGCGGUCAUAAUAUCAGUAAUAAUCAAUUUACUGUCUUUGGUGAUCUAUCCGUCCUUGUGACGGCUGGGGAUAACGCUUCUUUAACCCCUUGGUUAAGUCGCGGAUGGGAUCGAACCUGCGACCCUUUGAACCGUAAACAGGCACUGAACCUGUUGCGCUAUGCCACAAAAAUACCAACUUCUUCUUUUGUACAGCUUGAGCGGCCUCGAGUAGAUGAGACAAAUUCUUAUUUUGAUAUCAGUGAUAAUCAGUAGACUCUAGUGUCCGUCCUUGUUACAGCUGGGAAUUCUGAAGCCGCGGUUUCCCAAUACUUUCGGUCGCGUCGGGGAUUGGACUUGUGACCCUUUGGACCGUAGACAAGCACACAACCGUUGCGCUACGGCACGAAACAAAAAUAUCAAGUUCUUCUUUACGCCUUCGUACAGCUUAAGCGGCCUCAAGUAGAUGGUGCAAGGUCCUGUCCUGUCCUGUUAUCAGUGAUAAUCAGUGGACUCUAGUGACCUAUCCUUCUUUGUGACGGCUCAGGAUUCUGAAGCCGUGGUUUCUCAUUACCCCUUGGUUAAGUCGCCGCGGGGAUCGAACUUGUGACCCUUCGUACCGUAAGGAGGCGCACAACCGUUGCGCUACGCUUCCCGUAUUGAAAAGUCAUAAAAAAAAGAGUUUUUUUUUACUUGAAACCCUUUCCAUAACCGUCCAUCUGAAACCGAACAAAAAGUCUGUAUUCUUUAAAAAUCUCGGUAUAAUCCAUUCUUGAAAGUUCUGAUCCCUCUGCACUCUUCCUUCCCUCGGUGACACUCUCAAUUUUACAUGCUCUUCUUACUUCUUUUUUUUACCUUUCCGGGGAGAGAAAAGAGAGCGCAGACAGGUCAGACUGUUUCAAGACUUUUUAUUUUUUUGACUUUUAAGGGAACGAGUCUCUGUCUGAUCCGAGAAAAUGCAGAGAAAGAGAAUCAAUAAUACGGAAAUGAAUACGAAAAGCUGGCUACGUAUGAAAUUUUAGGAUCAUUUUUGUGCAAUUUGAAAUUCCGAAAAUGCGCAAAAAGCUCUAAAAAAAUGGCUCAUUUCUACACGUUUCGAUUCAAAAUUCAUCAGAAAUUUCCAGGACAACGAGCCCCGCUUCACACUGAAUGAGCUCCGGGAAGUGCUCAAGGAGAAGAACAUGCUCAAGGGACGAGUCAUGGAGCUCCAGGAGGAGCUGGACCAGAUGCGUCCCGGCGCCAAGCCCAACAAGUCGUUCCUGCUCGAGGAGCCCGAGACGAAACGGCCCGAGCUGCUUGAGACCCCGACGACGGACAACGACGAGGACUUGCCGGUUUACGGGCCCAUGCCCAGGGAACCCGACGAGAAGCUGUACCCGUGGAAGUACGAGAGGAAGGAUUCAGGUGUCCGGAAAUUGUGAGUUUUUGAGUAGUUCUGGAAAAAAAAAUCGAGAAACUAGCUAGAUGUUGAAGGAAAAGGUGGAUAGAUCUAGGGUCAGGAAAUUGUGAAUUUUUACCAGAAAAAUUGAUCAACUGUAGAAAAAAAGCGAGUUUCAGCUAGAUAGAUCUUAUAGAAGGAAAUGGAAAGAUGUAAAUUCGGAAAAUCUUGAUCUUCCAAGCAAAAAAAAAUUGAUCAACCAUAGAAAAACCUUUAGAAAAUCAGGGGAUAACUGGAUAGAACUAAAAAAAAUCAUGCAAAAUUCAGGAGUCAAAAAAAGUCUAAAGAAAGGCUUGAAAGACAAAACUUAUGUAGUGAAAUAGAGAGAUUUUGAGCGAUUUCUUCAAAAUAUUAUCUUAAUUUAUUGACAGAUCAGCGUGAACCCUAACGAGUUCACUUGGAUCUAGAGUUUGAGAGAAUACAUUAUACAGUUAUACAUCAUUUGAGUCGUGGAGGAAUAGACAAGAAGAUCUCGUGCAAUGGUAGAUUGACCAGUAAGUUUUUUUAAAGACUUGGGGUGGUGGCUGAAUUGAAAUUUGGAAGUGAGUUUGUUCCAAGUAGGAAUUGUUUUUAAAGAAAAAAAAUCAUUAGAAAACUGACCUUGAGAACGCAGUCGAAGUGGAUUUCGCCUUAAAUUGGACCUGAGGGCAAAAAAAGUUCGAACUGGGGAAAAAUGAUCGAUACCGAAGACAAUUUUAUGAAGGGUCAGAAUGUCAGAUAUAGCUCGUCUGAGGUAAAGUGGAGAGAUAUCAAAUUGUUCAAGGCGAUCAGAGUAAGAUUCAAAGGAUAAGUUGGACCUAAUAAAAAAAUUUUUACGAGAAAAAAAUUCUGAGAGGAGAUUCCAGUUUGUAGCAGAGAUCAGAGUUAAGGGAGGGUUAAAAAAACUUCGGAGCAGUAUUCUAGAAUAGGCCUUACAUAGGUGUUAAAAAAAUUUUUGAACAAUAGAUCAGGUGAUUUGGAACGAAAAACAGUUGAGUAUCUGAUUGGAACGAAGGGUUGCUAAAGAAACGAUAUUGUUAAUGUGAGGAGCGAGAGUUAGUUUAUCAUCGAUAAGAACACCUAGAUCGCGGAUAAUGGUUUUUCUGGGAAUAGACAGACCAUUGAUUAAAUAAGUUGUUUUGGGAUUGAGGGGACCAAGGUUGAUAGCAAAAGUUUUGUGCGCAGCAAGAGGCAAGCCCCAAAUGGAAGACCAUUCAAAUAUGGAAUUAAUACUACGUUGGAGAGAUUCAGGGUUAGAACUGUAAAUUUUUAUAUCAUCAGCGAACAGAGAGAUUGAGGUUUCAUGGUCAAUGUAGUUAACAAUAUCAUUGAUGAAAAAUUAGAAAAAAAGCAAAGGACCAGAUACAGUUCCUUGAAGGACACCGGAAGUAUUGAGAUAAGUAAGAGAAGAACGAGAUCCAUCGAUCAGAACAUUAGAAACACGCUCAGAUAAGAAGUUUUUGUACCAUCGAACAACGUUGUCGUCAAGACCAAAGUUCUUGAGCUUAUGAACAAGCAGAGAAUGAUUAACCUUAUCAAAAGCCUUGGCAAAGUCAAAAUAAACAACAUCGACAAAUUUUUUCGAGGCGAUAGAUUUUUGCCAAGAGGAGAGGCAAGAUAGAAGGUUAAGCUUGCAAGAUCUUAAAGGAGCAUCUUCAAAUUUCAUUAAGGUCUCGAAGCGAAGAGCCGUUUUUUUUCAAACUUCUGCGCCUUAGCGCGUCCUAGAUAUCAGAAAAACUCGUGAAAGAAAAAAUGAUGUUUACCCUCUGGGAAAACUCUAGUGGACUCUUAAGAGGUUCCUCAAGGACACUAAAGUGUCCACUGAAGCUACCUCUAUAGAAGCCAAAAUAUUGCUUCUAAGCGGCCGCUGUAGUAGUUUUUAGUGGACCAGUAGUACCACUUAGACUUCUAAAGAGGUCCCUUAGUUUAAGCCACUCAAGUGGCCACUAAUUCGACUGCUAUAGUGGCCACUCAAACUUCAAAACCCUAAAGCGGCCCCUUUCCAAGUACCAAGGAACAAAAAAACCUAUUUCCAGCUUCCGUUUCUUCAAAGAACUCGGUUCCUCGAACUCGCCCCGCCGUGGAUCUUCAGCCAAUAAUUCGCCAAGGCUACCAGCUCGGGCCAUCCCACCGCCCAACUAA